GCUGGAUAAUGGACCAUGAAUUUGAUUUUCUGAAUCUAAACACUUCGGUGCCAUGGAUGGGUUGUCCUUGAUGGUAUUGCCAUCAGAGAGUCAGCCAAGGUCGUUGACCAAGCCCAGAGGAGAGUGUUAAGGGGAGUUGAUGAUCUUGACUUUUUCAUAGGGGAUGAAGCCAUUGAUAAGCCUACAUAUGCUACAAAGCCCUGCACUCCACCAGGAUCUUGGGUGUGCACACACCUGGCACGUUUCAAGGUGACCCAGGAUCUGAAGCCUGGUCGGCUGUGUGGCUUCCAGCACUGACGUGGCCAAUACGACAUGGAAUCAUUGAAGACUGGGAUCUUAUGGAAAGGUUCAUGGAACAGGUAGUUUUUAAAUACCUUCGUGCUGAACCUGAGGACCAUUAUUUUUUAAUGACAGAACCUCCACUGAAUACACCAGAAAAUAGAGAAUAUCUUGCAGAAAUUAUGUUUGAAUCAUUUAAUGUACCAGGACUCUACAUUGCAGUUCAGGCAGUGCUGGCCUUAGCAGCGUCUUGGACAUCUCGACAGGUUGGCGAACGUACGCUAACAGGGAUAGUCAUUGACAGUGGAGAUGGAGUCACCCACGUUAUCCCAGUGGCAGAAGGUUAUGUCAUUGGAAGCUGCAUCAAACACAUCCCAAUUGCAGGUAGAGAUAUUACGUAUUUCAUUCAACAGCUGCUAAGGGAGAGGGAGGUGGGAAUCCCUCCUGAGCAGUCACUGGAGACCGCAAAAGCCAUUAAGGAGAAAUACUGUUACAUUUGCCCUGAUAUAGUUAAGGAAUUUGCAAAGUACGACAUGGACCCCCGGAAGUGGAUCAAACAGUACACGGGUAUCAAUGCGAUCAACCAGAAGAAAUUCAUUAUAGACGUUGGUUACGAAAGGUUUCUCGGACCCGAGAUAUUCUUUCACCCUGAGUUUGCCAACCCAGACUUUAUGGAAUCCAUCUCGGACGUCGUUGACGAAGUGAUACAGAACUGCCCCAUUGAUGUGCGCCGCCCGCUCUAUAAGAAUGUCGUUCUCUCAGGAGGCUCAACCAUGUUCAGGGAUUUCGGACGCCGGCUACAGAGGGAUUUAAAGAGAGUGGUGGAUGCGCGAUUAAGGCUUAGCGAGGAGCUCAGCGGCGGCCGAAUAAAGCCUAAGCCCGUGGAAGUCCAGGUGAUCACUCACCAUAUGCAGCGCUACGCCGUGUGGUUCGGAGGCUCCAUGCUGGCCUCGACUCCGGAGUUCUUCCAGGUCUGUCACACCAAGAAGGACUACGAGGAGUAUGGCCCCAGCAUUUGCCGCCACAACCCUGUCUUCGGAGUCAUGUCUUAGGGUCUGCCUUGGGGUCGUCGCUCGACCACGGCGUGUGGGGAACAAGUGUCCUUCGAACCCAGAGAAGACUGCAGUCUGUACAUAGCGACGCUGGCGUCGCCGCCAGCAGCCAGCUCCACCGCCCAGUGCAUGAGGCCCUGCGCAGUCGUCCAGUCAAAGCCAUCCCCUCUCCUGCUGACUGGGGCCGCCUACGCCUUCUCCGCCUUCUCCGUCGCCCUCCCGCCCCCGUCUACCCCCUCCCCCGAGCUUCUAGGUGACAGGUGCAGUUCUGGAGGAGUUCAAAUACGACUUUCCGUGGUUAGGGAAAAGCCCGCUAGAAAACGGUGCAGAGUAGCUCCCCUGCUCCCUUCCUGGGAAAGAAUGUGGGGUGUCAGCCCCUUCCCUCCCGCCUAUUUUUGUAAAUAAAAUGUUAUAAACUUGAAAUACAAAUCGAUGUUUAUAUUUCCUAUCAUUUUGUAUUUUAUGGUAUUUAGUACAUCUGGCUGAUUCUAAGCACGAAUAGAUGUCGGUGUCAUGGAGUGCUGUAGUGCAGUUCUUAAUCGUGAGGCAUGUCCGACGUCCGUAGGCGAACAAAAUACAACCGCACACUUUGGCCACGUGUCUGCAAGAGAACGACCGCACUUUAUGGGAGUGAUGUGGGUGUGGGCACGGAGCGGUGCUGUAUGAGAAUUACUGCGGAUAAUGCUACCUUUCCGUUUCUUCUGUUGGAACUUUCUGGAACUGUUUUAUAGAAGAUGACGGUGUGUUGUUGGUGAGUGUUGGAUGAAAUACUCCUUGCAGCAUUGUAAUAAAAGCUGUUAGAAUCUUUAUAAACA